AUGGACUGGAAUUCACACUUAUUUGUGUGGCUUCUGUUUUUGACAGAUACACCAGUAACAAAUCUAUUUACACAUGGGGCAUCAAGAAAUGGAAGCACAACUCCGAUUGUGAUAACAAUUGAUUUAGCAACUAUUGCACAGUUACAGUAUACAACUGCAGUAAUCACUUCCAACUUAAUAUAUUCGGUUAAUAGUGGUGGCAGUGAAAGAACUGCUGAUUUAUCUCAUGUCACAGUGGAAUCUAGUAUUGGAACUGCUUUGGCUACAGAAUUCCUAGAAUCAACUCAGAUACAACAUUUUACAUAUCAAUCAAGUUCUCCAACUACAAGCAGCUCACUUACUGAGCUCAGCACUGAACCAACAGCUAUAACCAAAGAUAAAUACAGUUUAAAAAGCAAUGCCUUGUCAGGUUCUGGGUAUGACCUUGAUGCGCAAACUUCUUCUGAUCAAAGUUUUGUUUUCACCAAUGGAUUAUCAUCUAAAUUCACUGUGGAACUAACAAAGAACUCUUUAUCUGCAACCAGACAUACAUGCAAAUCUAAUUCUCAGUUUGAGGAAAGCUCUUUAUUUGCACCCAGUUCUUCAUUCACCAACCCAUAUAAACCCAAUUCUACCCACACACCCACAAGCCAGUUUCAAUCAAAUUUUUUGCUUAGACUCAACUUUUCAUCUAAAUAUUCUUCUGUACUAGCCAACCAUUAUCAAACAAAAUUCAAUUUUGGAUCAAAAACCAGAUUCCAUGUAGAAUCCAGUUUUAGCCCAAUAAAAUACCACCUAGAAUCUCAUGAUAUGUCUUUAAAAAUGUUACCAUCUGAAUCAAGUGCUUCUUGUCCUGUUAUUCCCAGAUCUGAAUCCAAAUAUCUGCCAAAUAGAUCAUUUGCCGCAAUAAGUGCUGCUUUUCAAUCAAGUUAUGUGCAGCAGUUCAGUAGUAUUAGUUUUGAGAAUUCAAAUUAUUUGGAUUUUAAAAUUCUUAACUUGAAUUAUUCAGAGAGUUUGGGUGAUCCUUCUUCUAAUGAAUAUCAGGAUCUGAAAAUGUACAUUAAAAAUCUGGUUGAAGAGAAAUUUCGAACACUCUACAGUGGAACUAUAGUGGAAGUAAUUAAGUUCAGACAAGGAUCAGUGAUUGUGGAAAUGCUCAUAAUGUUUACCAUCCAUACAAAUACCCAAUUGAGGAAAGACUUUAUUCAAGUUCUAAUUGAUACUUUCAAAAAUGGUACAAUAGGAAACCUAAAGUUGGAUGUUUCUAGUAUUACAUUUAAUGGAAAGAAAAUAUUUACAGCAUUAACUAGCACUAGUUUUACCAAUGCCUCCUAUGAAAAGCCUACAAUAUCCAGACCUGGAAUUUAUACAAGUGCACCCCUUAUUUCUGAAUCUCAAGAUGCUCUAAGCUCCAGCUACAACUUGCAAAGUACCAGCUCCACUACCAACUUUAAACACCAUCAACUACAAUCAACUACCGGCACAUUAUAUGAAACUGCCUCUGUAUCACCUCCACAUUUUUUUUCUCAAACCACAAUUUCACUGACUUCUGCAAAGUCUGGUGACAGUUCACCUUCUACCAGUCCAACAUUUCAAGCAACGUUAAGUUAUGACUCUGUAUCAGAGAAUGAAAACAUACCAUCUAGUAGUUCUGUAUCUGAAACCAACAUGUUACGAAAUACUAACAGUCCAUCUAAAAUCAAUGCCACAAUAUUCAUAUUAGAGGAUAUAUCUGCAUCAACUAGCAGCAAAUUGACUGAACCAACUAGCAUCAGUGCUUCUUCUAAAACAUUCACUUUUAUUGAUAAGAGUCCAACAAUGAGCAGCCUGCAACAUACUAGUCCCUCAUCUGAUUCCAACACUUCACCAAAAAUCAAGGACACCACUGAAAUGGUCACUAUACCUUUUAAUAGUUCUGCAUUUGAAAGAAAAAAUAUUAGCAUCCAAUCUCAAACCAGCAUUGAAGUCACUAUAAAUAUCACAGAUGAAUACAGAACUGAACUCAUAACCAAGUCUUCAUCUCAAAAUUUCACAUCAAUACAUAUUUUUCCAACUACCAGCCCAUUAAAGACCAGCCCUACAACCAUUAAAAAUCAAACAGAUCAAAGUAGCACAAUGAUAAGUCCUAACUAUCCAUCCAAUACAAGCAAUACAUCAGCUACAUGCAACUCUUCUGAUACUGUCCCAACUCAAGAUAUUAACUCUUCAUCUACCGGAUCAACAUCUAAAAGCAACAUUUCAUCUACAGCUAGCCUUACAUCUGAAUCUACAAUAAGCAUCAGCCCUAUAUCUGAAUUUGUCAGUUUACCACUCAAAAGUGUUCCACCUACAACGAACAUGCCAAAAACCUCAUCUAAAAUGGUCAGUCAACUAACUAGUGUCCUGCCUAUAACCAAUUCACAAAUGACUACGUCUGAAAGCAGCCAUUCAGGAAAAAACAGUACUACACCAGCUACAAGUCCUCUAAAUAACAUGAACAUAUCAGAUGCUGAUCUCCCACCUCUAACCACCAUCGCAACAGCAAAAAACACCACGCAUAAAUUAACUGCUUCUGGAAUUAUUCCUAAAACCACACUAUCAGCAAAUGUCAGCUCUACAACAACAAGAAUAUCUUUAUUUGCAACCAGAGUAUUAGCAAAUGUUAGCACCCUGUCACAAAAGAACACUGCAUUAACUUCAUCUAAGGGUAAGAUUCUCUCAACUACCAGCUCAUUGCUUAAACCUCUGGAACUGGUUGCCCAAAUUCUAGAAAACAAUUUCAAAAUAAACCGUAUAUUGGUGGCUGGUUUUCAGAAUGAAUCAUUGUUAUUGGAGUUUGCUAUCAAAUUUUCAGUACCUUUACCUGAAGAACUUGCUACAGCCUUUUCUGAUGCUUUAAAAGCUAAUAAUGCGAUGCUUGCAUUGUUCAAUAUGUUUAUUUCCAGCAUUAAAUUAAAUGGUACUUUAAUAUAUCCAGAAAUUAUUAACAGUGCACCAAGGACAAGUUUAACUGCAUCAAUACCAGCAUCUAGAUUUACAUCAGCUGCAAGCAAACUAUCUGAAAAUAGUGCUGGGGUCUCUACAAACAUCAUGCCAGACAGAUCUGCUUCUGCUAUAAAGACUUGGGGAAAAAACACUGAACCAACAACUACAAACCUUAUAUCCAGCUCUAUGCCAAUUGCAAGUUCUUCAGAUAUAUAUUACACUACAACCUCUAAGAACAGUCCUGUUUUUCGUGCACAUUCUGUUUCUGAAUCUAAUAGCAUAUCAUCUACAACAUCACAACUCUUUGCACCAAUUAAGAUCAAUGUUUCAGAACCCAUUUCUCCAACAGCACAAAGCACUGGAACCAGCUCUCUAUUUGUACCGAGCACCACAUAUGGAUCUAGUUAUAUUCUCACUACCAGUAAUAUCUUAACAUCCAGCCCUGUGACAUCUGGGUUGAGCUCUGUGUUGUCUGUAUCUGGACAAGACUAUUCAAAUACAGCAACAAGUGAAACCAGAACUCGAUCUGGAACAAGCGAUAUAUAUGGAUCAAACCCUGUUUUUACAAAAAACAAUACUUCUGACUCCAGUUCUCCAACCACAACAAAGGCCACAUCUAGAUACGGCUUGGAUACCACUGCAAAAACUACAAAAUACACAGAGUUCCUUUCACAGAAUACCUUUAAUUUGUCAACUGCUGAACUCACUAACAUCAGCUUUCCAACUGUACUUGGAUCUAGUUACAUUCCACAUAUAAGUAAUAUUUCUGCUGCUAUAAAAUUAAUUACAACCUCUAGAUCCAGCUCUGUAACAGCUGCAGGUACUACAUCUGGGCCUAACUCUAAGAUGACUGAAAUCAAGUCUAAAAAUACUAACACUGAUUUUGCAUCUGUACCAAUGACUGGAUCUAGUUCUACUUUCAUCUCUAGAAAUAUACCUUCAUAUGGCUAUCUUGCCACAAAGAUUACAACUGAAUUAAACGCUAAGACCACUGUCUCUAGCAAUCUAACAAAAAAUGCUAUAUCUGAAACCAUCUCUGCAAAUAGUGCAAGAACUACAUCUAGUGCCUACUCUCAGCUUACAAAAGAGAGCAUAAUCAAAUUCAGUAAAUCACCUGACGCCAACUCUAAGACUGUUACUAGCAUUAGAAGUGCAUCUCCAUCGGCAACACGUGCUACAUUUGAAAAUAUUUCAAUUUUCACAGGACAAAACAUGCCCAAACUCAGCCAUAUAACCCAACCAAGCACAAAAUCUGAUAUUAGCUUAGUGACCACUUCAAAAAAUAAAUUUCCUGGAAGUUUUCUGCUAACUAUAAAGAGUGCAUUUGAGUCCAUUGUUACUACUAGCUCUGCUAUAGAUACAAAAGGUGUAUCUGGGACUAGCUCUCCAACUCCUAGUGCUACAUCUGGAUCCAGUUCUGUGACCACUGAACAUGAAACAUCUCAAUUUUACUCUAUGACCACUGUACAGAGUACAGAUAAAAUCAAAUUCACAGCUGCUAAAACCACUAUGACCAGCUUUCCAUCUACAACACACACAGCGUUUGGAUCUAGUUCUAGUCAAAAUGUUUCAAGAAAUGAAAUCAUAGCUCCAUCUAUCUAUGACCACUGA